GCCCACGUGACGUGUAGCUUCAGCCGAGGUAAAAAGCCUGAAGUAGUGAUGGCCGUUGUGAUAUUCCUGCGCUUUUUCCUCCAUCUACUUCUGGUCUUUUGGUGUGGGGUGUUUGUUCACGGACAGGAGGCGGAACAGGGACAUGGGACUCCUCCGUCCAGAAUAGCGGUGAUAGGCUCUGGUGUAGGAGGCACAGCAACAGCACACUUCCUCCGGCAACAUUUUGGUCCUGAUCUACAGAUUGAUGUUUUUGAAAAAGGUUCUGUGGGUGGCCGACUGGCCACUGUCACCGUAAACAACCAGGAUUAUGAGUCAGGUGGCUCUGUCAUCCAUUCUUUAAACCUGCAUAUGCAGGACUUUGUUAAACAGAUAGGGCUAAAGUACCGUCGGAAUGUUGCUGGUAAAACAGCUGUAUUUAAUGGAAAGCAGAUUAUUCUUGAGGAAACUGACUGGUAUCUACUUGACCUGUUUCGACUAUGGUGGCGUUACGGGUUCAGUUUCAUUCGGCUUCAAAUGUGGGUUGAGGAGACCAUGGAAAAGUUCAUGAGGAUAUACAAGUACCAGGCACAUGGCUAUGCAUUUAGCUCCGUGGAGCAGCUGUUACAUUCCUUGGGUGGAGGUACAUUCAUCAAUAUGACUCGCCACACCCUGUCAGAAUCCCUCCUGGAGCUUGGUGUGUCACAGAGGUUCAUUGAUGAAGUCAUUGCUGCAGUUAUGAGGGCUAACUAUGGUCAAUCAGUCAGUGUUCCAGCAUUUGUAGGUGCUGUAUCCCUUGCUGGUGCCCAGACAAAUCUAUGGGCAGUUGAAGGUGGCAAUAAAUUAGUCUGCUCAGGUUUAUUGACAUUAGCCAAAACCAAUUUGAUUCAAGCCAAAGUAACAACUGUUUCUCUGCAUAAAACAGCAGAUACAAUACAGUACAAGCUGGACUUUGAGGCACCAAAGGAGAGGGGCUCAGAGUUAUACGACAUUGUAAUUGUGGCUGCACCCUUACAGAAUGGAAUGGCGAAUAUAACUUUUGAAAACUUUGAUCCUCCAAUCCCAGAGAUGUCUGGAUCAUACCACCAUACAGUGGCAUCUAUAGUGCAUGGAUAUCUUAAUAGCACUUAUUUUGGCUUUCCUGAUCCAAAACUAUUUCCUUUUGCAAGCAUAUGUACAGUUGUUGAUGAUGAUUUGUUUUUUAAUACAGUUGGCAAUGUUUGCCCAGUCAAUGUCUCCACUGAAUUCAAAAGAAAGCAACCUCAAGACGCUGCUGUAUGGAAAGUUUUCUCCCAGCAGCCUUUGGAAAAGAAAGAUCUGAAAACCCUUUUCAAGUCUUAUUAUUCUGUUCAGGUCACUGACUGGCAAGCAUAUCCCGAGUAUGGCUCCACUGAUAAAAUUCCACCCAUAAUCCUACAUGACAAUAUGUAUUAUCUUAAUGGCAUUGAAUGGGCAGCUAGCGCCAUGGAGAUGAGUUCAGUGGCUGCUAAAAACCUUGCUCUAUUAGCCUAUCAUCGGUGGAACCAACAGACAGAUAUGAUUGAUCAAAAGGAGUUAAUGCACAAGAUUAAAACGGAACUUUAACAUAAUAAUUUUUACAAGUUACAAGUGACUGUUGAGAUUUGUUAAUACAUAAUUUAAGAAAGAAGUCAUUGAUUCUAGUUGGAGGGAAUGUCUAACUUCAAAAAAAAUUCUACUUGAUUAAUUCUUAAGCCUACUGUUUUACUUAUCACUGGAAUACAAUACUUUUAUUGUAAACUAAUUUUUUAAAAAGACCUGUAGUUUAGUGGUUCUUAAAAUGUUGUUAUUGACAGAAAACGUAAUGUCAUAAAUUACAGUGUAAUUGUGAAUUUAAAAUAUGUAAAUUAUUUUUCUCAUAAAUAAAUUAAAGUAAAAA